AUGUAUAUAGUGACACCAGCACCAACAAGAGGAGUAAAGAGGGAUGUUGUUUUUCUCAUUGAUGGGACGACAGCUGUACGUAGUGAGUUCCCUUCCAUCCGUGAAAUGAUAAGAAGAGUUACGGAGAAGCUGGAUAUUGGACUGGAUAAAGUUAGAGUUUCUGUGGUACAGUACAGUGAUGAGCCAAAGUUAGAAUUUCUUCUGAAUGAAUUCUCCACCAAAGAAGAGGUACGCCAGGCUGUGAUACAACUUCGAAGCAAAGGUGGAGACCGCCUAAACACAGGUCGUGCUCUUGAGUGGGUCUCCAGAAACAUCUACCAGAGGUCAGCAGGAAGCCGCAUUGAAGAGGGUGUUCCCCAGUUCCUCAUUCUAGUUACAGGUGGCAAGUCUACAGAUGAUGUGUACACUCCAGCUGACCAGCUUAAGAGAAACCAGGUUGCUCCUCUUGCCAUUGGUUCAAGGAAUGCAGACCCAGAUGAACUGAGACAAAUUUCCCUGAAGCCCGAACUUGUAUAUACAGUUGACAGUUUCCAGCAGCUUCCAAGAGUGGAGUCACAGCUCAUUGAUUCUGUGAAAACAAUAUCCACUGAUGAUAUAAUCAAAAGUUAUGAUCCUCCAGUGGACGGGUUCCUAAAUCUUGGAAAGAAGGAUAUUAUCUUCCUUAUUGAUGGCUCAGUCAAUACAGGUGCUGAUGGCAUUGCUCAUAUCCGUGACUUCAUCCUCACCAUUGUUCAACAACUCGAUGUGCAGCCUGAUCAAGUUCGGGUGGCUAUUGUCCAGUAUGCAGACAAAGUAAAAUCAGAGUUUUCCCUCAACUCACACAAUAACAAGCCAGCUGUUAUUUCUGCUAUCAAACGACUUCGCCAGAUGGGUGGCCGUUCAUCAGACCUGGCUGAUGCCAUUAACUAUGUCAUUCAACAUGAGUUAAAACCGUCUGCUGGUGUUCGUCUGGCUGAGGCUUCCCAGCAUCUUGUGGUUCUCACAGGUGGACGUUCUCCCCAAGAUGUUAGUAUCUAUGGACCUCUGCUUAAGAGCUCCCGGGUAAACUGCAUCGGUGUUGGAGCUGAAGGUGCGGACACAAGACAACUAACCCAAAUUGCCACCACCUCAGAUGAUGUCCUUCAGGUUCCUACUUUCCCUAGCCUGUCAGCAAUCAAGGAGAGGCUUAUUGCCAGGCUGAGUGGGACUAUCCCUGACGAACCACCCACAAUCAUUGAUGAUCCCAGCCUGCCUCCACCUAAAAAGGCUGAUAUAGUAUUUUUAGUGGAUGGCUCCAUCAACUUGGGCCGGGACAACUUCAAAGAAGUAAUGUCAUUUGUCAUCAACCUAAUUGACCUGUUCUUCAAUGAGAGAGACAACCUGCGGAUUGGACUGGCACAUUAUGCAGCAGAUGUGACCGACGUCUUUUACCUGAACACAUACAAGAACAAGCAAGACAUUAUAGAUGGCAUGGAACGAGUAGAGUACAAAGGUGGACGCAAAAUCAACACUGGUGCUGCCAUUCGCCAUGUGCAAGAUGUUCACUUUACCAAAGAAAAAGGAAGUAGGAUGGAUGAGGGCACUCCUCAGAUUCUAAUGCUUAUUACUGGAGGACGCUCAGCUGAUGAUGGCAAAACAGCAGCCCUUGGUCUGAAGAAAAAAGGUGUGAGAGUGUUUGCUGUAGGAGUGGGUGACAUUGAGAAUGAAUUAGAAAACAUUGCAAGCGAGUCUUCUACUGUGGCUCGAGCAAGCACCUUUCAGGAACUUUCAGAGCUCAAUGAGCAAAUCCUGGAGACUCUUGAUGAUGAAGUGAAGGGGAAGCUGUGUGUUGGUGUGCAAGACGCUCCUAAAACCUGCAAUGUGGAGGUACUGGUGGGCUUUGAUGUUUCUGCUCAGAACAUCUUCAGUGCUCAGACUAAUCUCCAGAAAAAGAUGGAUGCCAUUCUACAGAGGAUUUCCAAAAUGGCAGCGAUUAGCUGCUCAUCUGGGCAGAUUCCCUCUGUGCAAGUGGGCAUGUUGGCUGUGGACUCUGCCUCUGAGCCUGUCCAGCUCGAUUUCACAAACAAUGCUAAUGAGCUCUUUGAGGCCUUCAAAACAAUGCGGAGUCGUGGCCCCUUUGUCCUCAAUGGCAAGACCAUCUCAGCUUACACCGAUAGAUUCAAAACCAGACAAGACAAUGUUGUCAAGGUUGUCAUUCAUUUGACUGAUGGUCUUGACGCCCCAUAUGCUGUGUUGAAAAGGCAAGUUGAGGAGCUUCAGCAAUCAGGAGUGAACAGUUUCAUUCUGGUUGGGUUGGAGCGAGUGCCCAAAUUUGAGGAGGCUUUGCUGUUGGAAUAUGGUCGUGGCUUCAGGUACACCAGACCCUUACGACUCAAUAUAAUGGACUUGGACUAUGAGCUCAUGGAGGAACUGGACAACAUUGCAGAAAGAGAGUGUUGUGCCGUUCCUUGCAAAUGUACAGGCACCAGAGGAGACCGAGGAGCAGUUGGACUCCCAGGGUCUAAGGGCGGUCCAGGAUCUCAAGGAAGCCAAGGUCAUCCUGGAGAUGAGGGUGGACCUGGAGAGAGAGGUCCUCCUGGUGUGAAUGGAACACAGGGUUUCCAGGGAUGUCCUGGGCAGAGAGGUGUUAAGGGUUCUCGUGGGUACUCGGGAGAAAAGGGUGAAUUUGGAGAAAUUGGACUUGAUGGCAUCAAUGGAGAGGAGGGCAAAAGUGGAGUUGCUGGACCUGCAGGAGACAGAGGAAACCCUGGCAGAAGAGGUCCCAAAGGUUCCAAAGGACAAGCAGGAGACAGAGGGGAAAUGGGAAUCAGAGGAGACCCUGGUACAAGUGGAGAAGACAACAACCAACGUGGACCAAAAGGAGACCCUGGUGAUGCUGGACCAGCGGGAGAGCCUGGUGAGGAUGGAAAGAAGGGAGGCCCUGGUGAACUUGGAAGAAGGGGAGCUGAUGGCAGGAGAGGCUCACCUGGACAGCCUGGCAAUCCUGGAAAGCCAGGAGGUGAUGGUCUGCAGGGAGAGCCAGGCAUAGGAGGAUCCAGAGGUCCUCCUGGACCAAAUGGUGCCCCAGGACCCAGAGGAGAAGACGGAAACCCUGGACCCAGGGGUCCUGGUGGUGACCCAGGUCCCUCUGGGGAAAAGGGCAGAAGAGGAGCUCUUGGUCGUAAGGGAGAGCCAGGAGAGCCAGGACCAAAGGGUGUUAUUGGACCUCUUGGCCCCCGUGGAGAGCCUGGUGAAGAUGGUAGAGAUGGAUCUGGUGUCAUAGGGCCAAAAGGAAGAAAGGGUGAUGAAGGCUUCCCUGGAUUCCCUGGACUAAAGGGAGCAGCUGGUGACCCUGGCAAGAAAGGUGGACCUGGACCCAGAGGAAACCGUGGACAGAGGGGUGUCUCUGGAGACCUUGGCUCACCUGGACAGAAAGGAGAGGUUGGAUAUCCUGGGCCAUAUGGUCAGAAAGGACCAAGAGGACCAGGGGCUGUGCAAUGUGACCUGGUCAAGAAGAUUAGAGAUAACUGUCCUUGCUGUUAUGGUCAUAAGGAAUGCCCGCUUUACCCAACUGAGCUGGCCAUUGCCCUUGAUGCCUCUCAGAAUGUUGACCGCAGAGCUUUCAACAACAUGCGUGACACAGUCCUGAGACUGGUCAGAAACAUCACCAUCUCUGAGAGUAACUGUCCAAGAGGUGCUCGUGUUGCUUUGACCUUAUACAACAGUGAAGUUACCACCGAGGUUCGGUUUGCUGAUGCAAUGAAGAAGCGCCCUCUGGUUCAACGAAUUGAGGGACUACAGACCCUACAGACAAGCAAGGAGCGCGACUUGCCUACGGCCAUGAGCUUUGUGGCCCAGAACACCUUCAAGAGGGUGCGCAGCGGCUUUCUCAUGAGGAAGGUGGCCAUCUUCUUUGUUGGUGGGUCACUCGGUCAGGCACAAGGAGUUACUAAUGCAGCUCUCCGCCUGCAUGAUGCUGGGAUCGCCACUCUGUUCUUGGUGAACCGUGAGGAAAGAGCACUCAGCAGAGCACUGCAGGUCAAUAAUACAGCCCUGGCCCAGGUAAUUGUCCUCCCCAGUCCUGGAAGUGCACAGUACAAUUCAGUCAUCCAAAAGGUUAUGAACUGCCAUGUCUGCUUUGACAUUUGCUCUCCGGACCAAGUGUGUGACUAUUUGCCCCCAUCGACCAGCCGAGACAGGAGGUCUUCCACCACAGACGUGGACAUCGACAUGGCUUUCGUCCUGGACAGCUCCGACUCCACCUAUCCAACAGUCUUCACUGAGAUUAAACGCUACAUAGCGCUCAUAGUAGAACAGCUGGAAGUGUCUUCAAAUCCAACAUCAUCUGUUCACCAAGCCAGAGUGUCUGUGAUUCAGCAAGCACCUUACAAGUUCAUCCACAACAAAACUGGCCUUCCCAUCCAUGUAGAUAUCGGCUUGACUGAGCACAAUUCAGCUCAGGAUAUUGUCAGAUUCCUGCUAGAGAAGACACCACAGCUAGAGGGUGGCAGGGCGCUGGCAGCUGCCAUCGAAUCAACAGUGGAGCAGGUCUUUGACAAGGCACCUCUCCAACGAGACAGGAAAGUGCUGUUGCUCUUUGUGACAGGAAGUGUGGAAGAAGAUGAGGAGCAGCUGGUGCGCAUUGCCACUGAGGUCAAGUGCAGAGGCUUCUUCCUGGUCAUCCUGGGUGUGGGAGAGAAGCUGAGUGCUGGAGAUAACCGUGUGUUGUCACGCAUGGCCAGUGAGCCAUCAGAUGUCUUCUUUAAAAGGCUGGACAGCCUUUCACAGUUUUAUGACAAACACAUCCAGACUUUCAGCCAGCUGCUGCCAAAGUACAUAAGCAUUGAAAAUGCUUUCUUCAUGUCCCCCGAAGUCUCCAAAAACUGCACGUGGUUCCAGAGUGACCAGCCACUAAAAAACCCCUUCACAUCACCACAGCAACCAGAGAAGCAUCAGAAACAUCACGAAAAUCAUCAAGCAGUUCAUCCAAGGAAACACAAAGAUGCAGAUGAGUUGCACGUCUCUAACGUCACCUCCAGUAGCUUGAAAUUGCGCUGGAGCAACCCAGACCCUAAACUCUUCGUCUACUUUGAGGUUGUGGUGACACGUUUGCCCGACCAUGCCCUGGUGCUGAAGACCAACGUGUCGGGCACUGAGCUUUCUGUGGACAACUUGCAAAGUGCUCAGACAUAUCAUGCGGUGGUCACUGCCCACACUGCAGAGGGUCAGGUUGUCUCCACCCGCAAAGGCAUCAUCACUACCAAAACAGCAGAGCCAACCAGACAAGGAACCCAUACUGUAAAUACAACACCACUGGACAAACCGGAAACUGACCCAUGCUCACUUGACUCUGACCCUGGAAUGCCGUGCAAAGAGUAUCAGGCUAAGUGGUUCUUUGAGAGAAAGAACGGGAUCUGUACACAGUUCUGGUAUGGAGGUUGUGGCGGCAAUGAAAAUAGGUUCGACACUGAGACCCUCUGCUUGAAAAACUGCAUGAGGUCAGUGCCAGAGCCUCAGUCAAUGGUACAGCAGGUUGAACAGGUGGAGAUCCUCCCAGCCCCUGUGGCCACUACAACUGUGGACAUUUGCCAGCUUUCCAAAGAGGAAGGUACAUGUGCCAAGUUUGUCCUCAAGUGGCACUACGAUGCCCCCAGCAAGAGCUGUGCACGUUUCUGGUAUGGAGGCUGCGGUGGAAACCAGAAUCGCUUCGACACAUAUGAACAGUGUGUGAAGACCUGUGCAAAAUCAGCACCCAUCAACCAAGGAGUCAUUGCUGCAAUGAAAACAUAGGACCAAAGUGACAAACAUGGCCAGCUGUUACCUCUGUUUAGGGGAUUCUGAGAAGAACCAUCCAAAAUGGCCAUACUGUAUGGAUGCAAUACCAAAGCAAUGGUGGCUGCACUGGAUCCACAACAAUGGACUUUAUACCCCGAAUUCUUGAAGUAGUAUUUUUUCACAGCAAGAAGGAAGGCAACACGAUUUGCUGCAUGAUUUGUUUUAACCUACUGGUGCUACAUAGUAUGUUUGUUUUACAGAUGGUGUUAAGUUCAUUCAGUUUUCUGGAACUUCAUAUUGGUUUUCAUAUUUUUCAAAUCAUAUAUGAAUAUCUUGGACAGAGAUUAGCAAGAAAAAAUCAGUACUUUCAGGACUGGCAUUAUUCAGUGCAGUAAUCUUUUUUAUAUUGUGUUUUUUUUACAUUCCACAUUCACACAGCAACAUAGGCUUUAUUUGAUUUAUAUUGUUCGCAAACUCACUUGAUCCCAGUUGAAUGAUUCCUUCCCUAUUUUACAGUCACCAAAUCCGCAGCACUGUUUACACAAGUCAUGUAUGGCGGUGAGUGUAUUUAUAAGGCAGCAACCAACUGCUCAGAUCUAAAAACAUUAAUGUAACACUAAGUGCACUUCUGGAGCCACUGCCUUAAACAUACACUUUCCAGCUGUUGACAAAUAGAAUGUACUUGUCAAGCUGUUCCUUUUUUGGGUUUCAUUAAGUUUUCCUGAAGUUUGUGUUUCAUCUGGGUAUAGGGGAAAUAAAAAUGAAUUAGACUUUCUAAUAAACAUGUGCAACUGAU